CUCAUAUUAAUUAAAUUAAAUGGGUUGCUGUAUAAAAUCUAAUAAAUUCAAUAAGAUUUCAGUCAUCAAAACGUCUGGUGGUGUGAAUAUUUUUACAUCAACAACAGAUAUUCAUCAAAUUUAUACUUUUGGAAAAAUAAUGGGAAAUGGUGUCUUUGGAAAAGUAAUGAUGGCGAAGAUGAAAUCAAACGAUGAGAAACUAUUCGCAAUUAAAGUUAUAGAUAAAAUCAAGAUUAAAGGAAAAGAAACUUAGUUAUCCAAUGAAAUUUACUUUCUUUAAAAACUUGAUCAUCCAAACAUAGUAAAAUUUUAUGAAGUUUAUCAAAAUAAUUUGAAUUACUACAUUUGUAUGGAAUAUUGUGGAGGAGGGGAACUAGUGAAAAGAUUUCCACAAAAUUAAAAUUCAUUAACAGAAGGAUAAUGCCAAAAAAUUGCUUUUAAAGUACUAAUCUCUAAAACUAUGAAUGUAGAUACUUUCAGCAAUGGCUUAUAUGCAUGAAUAAGGCAUUAUACAUAGAGAUAUUAAACCAGAGAACAUUUUAUAUAGUUCAAAAGAUUUGAAUUCAGAACCAAAAAUUAUUGAUUUUGGAAUGGCAAUUAAACUAGAUGAAGAACAAUCAAAGUAAAUAUUAAAUAUAAAUAGUACAGAAUACGAAUGAAUUGUGUUGGAACUCCAUUAUAUGUAGCACCUGAAGUAAUAGAUGGAUAAUAUAGUGAUAAAUGUGAUAUUUGGAGUUUUGGGAUAAUGCUCUUCUAUUUGUUAUGUGGAUAUCCACCAUUUUAUGCUGGUAAUUAAAAGGAUUUAUUCAAUAAUAUUUAAAAUUAAGAAGUAAUUAUUUAUUAAUAAACUAGUUAAUUUUCGAUAGAAGACAUUGGAAUUUGAUGUCAAAAGAAGUUAAGACUCUCCUCAAACGAAUAUUAUGUAAAAAUCCACUUGUCAGACCUACUGCAAAAGAACUCUUGAAGGAUCAAUGGUUUAAUAUUUCUUUGGAAGGGGCUGAAAAUAAAAAGAAUUUAAGACGAUCUAAAACAAAAGCUACUAUCUCAAUGCAAAUAGCUCCAAAUGAUUAUUUUGAAGAUUGCAGAUCUAUUUAUCAAAUUUUAAAGAAAUAUAAAAAUGGAGCAAAAUUUAAGAAAGAAGUAAUGAAAGUCCUCAUAAACUUAAUGAAUGAAAGGGAUUUGGAACUUGUAAAGAGACUUUUUCAGAAAAUUGAUGAAGAUAAUUCUGGAACCAUAACGUAUUGUGAAUUAUAGAAAGCAUUUUUGAAGGAGGUAUAAAAUGAAUUAAAGUCAAAUAGGGAUCUAUAGUAUCAUAAGAAGAAAUAAAAUCAUUGAUGAUGGCUAUAGGAUUUGAAAACGAAAAUGAAACCGAAGAUUGUUCUUCUAUUAAAUCUUAUUAGUCUUUAGUAAUCAAAUAUAGUGAUUUUUUAUUGGCUUGUAUCGAUGAAAAAAAAGUACUUACGAAAGAUAAAGUAUUCAUUUUUUAAAUAAUAAUAAGUUGUUCUCUUUAUUCAAAUACUUUGAUACUUAAAAUAUGAAUUUUAUCACAAAAGAAAAUAUUUAAGAGGUUUUUGCACGACAUGGUAAAUCCUUGACUGAUACUAAAAUUAAUGAAAUGAUAUUUGAAAUUGACCCAAAUCACGAUUAUAAAAUUACAUUUGAUGAGUUUUGCUAAAUGAUGUCUACUGAUAUUGUUACAUAAUUUAUUGAAAUAAAAGAAGGUAUGAAUGAAAAAUAGACAUGUACAUCAUCUAAUAUUCAAAAAGAAACAAAACUAAUUUAAUUUGAGUGA